AUGCGUGUCCGGCUUGUGUUCGAGGUCCCCCCGUGGCAUAGAGACCCAAAACGUCCGCCUGCUCGCUCGUCCCCGCCUGCGCGCCGCGCUCGCCGCCGCCUCGUCGCGCCCGCCCGCCGCGCCCCGCUCGCCCCGCCGCAGCCUCGCGCCCGCCCGCCCCGCGCACGCUCGCGCCCUCCGGCCCGCCCCCUGCCGCUGCCCGCCCCCUGCGCCGCAGCCUCGCCGCCGCGCCCGCUCGCCCCGCCGCCGCCUCGCCCGCGCCUGCCCAGCUCGCCCCGCCUGCCGCGCCCGCCCCGCCCGCCGCGCCGCAGCCUCCGCCCGCCGCUGCCCACCGCCACGCGCGCCCCGCGCCCCCGCUGCUGCCUGGCCGCGCUCGCCGCCCAGCAGUCCCGCGCCCCUCUUGCCGCCGCGUGCGCCCCCGCCUGCGGGCCACACUGCACAUGCAAGUGGACCGAGGCGGACAAGGAGUGGCCAGAGAGUGUCCGUCUGUGUCCACUUUGGCCUCAAAACGAGACCAACUUUGGUCCAGAGAUGGGGUGA